AUGGAUCUAUCAGAAGAUGACUCUGUUAUAUCUCAGGAGGUGCUGGAAGAACUUAAAAAAUUGAUAUCUACUCAGAAUCUGUCAUCAGCUGUUGACACCAUCAAACAUUUCCUCGACCAGCAAGAUCGUGUAGAACUUAAUAUUGCUGUGACGGGGGAAUCUGGUUCUGGAAAGUCCACAUUUAUCAAUGCUUUUAGGGGUUUGGGAGAUGACGAUGAUGAUUCAGCUGAAACUGGUGAAGUGGAGACCACUAAAGAUCCCAAAGCUUACAAACACCCAAAAUAUGAAAAUAUGAAACUCUGGGAUCUUCCUGGAAUUGGAACACCAAACUUCAAAGCUCACGAUUAUCUUGAACACGUUCAGUUUGAGCGCUAUGAUUUUUUCAUCAUCAUCGCUUCAGAUCGUUUCAGAGAAUGUCACGCUGACCUGGUCAAAGAGAUCAAGAGAAUGAAGAAGAAUUUCUAUUUUAUUCGUUCCAAGAUUGACUCCAGUAUUGAUGCUGAAAGAAGAAAGAAAAACUUUGAUGAGAAAAAGACGCUGGACAUCAUUCGAGAGGACUGUGUUAACGGUCUGAGAGAGAUCGGUGUAGAGGAUCCUGUUGUGUUCUUGAUUUCUGGCAGACAUCUCGACAAGUAUGAUUUUAAUUCACUGCAGAAGAGGAUGGAGACUGAACUCCCAGAACACAAGAGACAUGUGGUGAUGCUGACUGUACCAAAUAUCACAACAGAGAUUAUUGAAAGAAAAAAGAAAUAUCUAGAGAAAAACAUUUCAAGAGUAGGUUUAUUAUCUGUGUGUGUGGCUGCACUUCCUCUUCCUGGUCUUUCAGCUGCUGUAGAUAUAGCUCUGAUAGUAAAUGAGAUACAAAAGUACAAGACUGCAUUUGGUCUGGAUGAUGAAUCUCUGAAGAGGACCAGUGAAAGAUCUGGGAAGAGUAUUGAGUUUCUAAAGAGUGAGAUGAAAUCAGUUGCGUGUGCAGGAAUAACUGCUAAUUCAAUUAUUCAUCUGCUGAGACAAAGCUCUGCUUAUGUGACAGAAAACACAGUUAGGCUUGUUCUUAGUUGCAUACCUAUAAUAGGCACAGGCAUUUCUUUUUUGUCAGUUUCAAAAAUUCUGAAGCAAUUUCUGAAUGAAAUAGCUGAAGAUGCCAAGAAUGUGCUGCUGGCGUCACUCAAGUAA